ACACCCAGAGCUAUGAGAUUAAACUCUGAUCCUUAGUAUCAUUUUGAGUCUACUUUUUCUCAAAUAUCAUUUCCAAACCAUGCAGCCAAGGGUCUCUACUUUUUGGCUGUGUGUGUGUAUUUUACAUGUGCCUCUUAGUCUGGUGAAUUUUGAAAGGAUGUGGUUACGGUCUUUGACAUCAGACUAGCGGCUCCACGAGGUUGGGUGAAUGUUGAUAGAAAGAUAAUGUUGGAGACCAGUUACUGCUGAGCCGCUUUCUCGAGACCAGCUGCCUCCCCGCCGCGUCCCUUGCUGGAAGCCGUUUACUCGGGUUGUGCUCCACGGUGAUGCUUUGCUAGAACUGAAUCAUGAACAACUUCAUCCUUCUGGAAGAACAGCUAAUCAAGAAAUCCCAACAGAAGAGGAGAACUUCCCCUUCAAACUUUAAAGUCCGUUUCUUUGUCCUGACCAAAAGCAGCCUGGCAUACUUUGAGGAUCGUAAUGGGAAAAAGCGCACGUUGAAGGGCUCCAUUGAACUCUCCCGAAUCAAAUGUGUUGAGAUUGUGAAGAGUGACAUUAGCAUCCCAUGCCACUAUAAAUACCCGUUUCAGGUUGUACAUGACAACUACCUCCUGUAUGUGUUUGCUCCAGACCGUGAGAGCCGACAGCGCUGGGUGCUAGCCCUUAAAGAAGAAACGAGGAAUAAUAACAAUUUGGUGUCCAAAUAUCACCCUAACUUCUGGAUGGACGGGAGGUGGAGAUGCUGUUCUCAGCUGGAGAAACUUGCAGUGGGCUGUGCCCAGUAUGAUCCAACCAAGAACGCCUCGAAGAAACCUCUUCCUCCUACUCCCGAGGACAACAGGGUGAGUGAGAGCUGGAACUCCAGGCACACUUGGAGGUCCCUUCGGGAAGCUGAGGAAACCCUGGUUAUUGCCCUGUAUGACUACCAAACAAAUGACCCUCAGGAGCUUGCAUUGCAACGGAAUGAGGAGUAUUACCUGAUGGACAGCUCCGAGAUUCACUGGUGGAGAGUUCAGGACAGGAAUGGGCAUGAAGGAUAUGUACCGAGCAGUUAUCUGGUGGAAAAAUCUCCAAAUAACCUGGAAACUCAUGAGUGGUACAACAAGAGUAUCAGCCGAGACAAAGCUGAAAAGCUCCUUUUAGACACGGGCAAAGAAGGAGCCUUCAUGGUCCGAGAUUCCAGGACUCCAGGCACCUACACUGUGUCUGUCUUCACUAAGGCUGUUGUAAGUGAGAACAACCCCUGUAUAAAGCAUUAUCAUAUCAAAGAGACUAACGACAACCCCAAGCGAUACUAUGUGGCUGAAAAGUACGUGUUUGACUCCAUCCCACAGCUCAUCAAGUACCACCAACACAAUGGAGGAGGUCUGGUCACAAGACUCCGCCAUCCAGUUUCUUCUUGGAGACAGAAAGCCCCAGUCACAGCAGGGCUGCGAUACGGGAGAUGGGUGAUCGAUCCAUCAGAGCUCACUUUUGUGCAGGAGAUUGGCAGUGGGCAGUUUGGGUUAGUGCAUCUUGGCUACUGGCUCAACAAGCACAAGGUGGCCAUCAAAACCAUUCGUGAGGGAGCUAUGUCGGAAGAAGACUUCAUAGAGGAAGCUGAAGUCAUGAUGAAACUCUCCCACCCCAAACUGGUCCAGCUCUACGGAGUGUGCCUGGAGCAGGCACCCAUCUGCCUGGUGUUUGAGUUCAUGGAGCAUGGCUGCCUGUCAGAUUACCUGCGCAACCAGCGGGGGCUCUUUGCUGCGGAGACCCUGCUGGGCAUGUGCCUGGACGUGUGUGAGGGCAUGGCCUACCUGGAAGAAGAAUGUUUCAUCCACAGGGACCUGGCUGCCCGAAACUGUUUGGUGGGAGAAAACCAAGUUAUCAAGGUAUCGGACUUUGGGAUGACAAGGUUUGUCCUCGAUGAUCAAUACACGAGUUCCACAGGCACCAAGUUCCCAGUGAAGUGGGCCUCUCCAGAAGUCUUCUCCUUCAGUCGCUACAGCAGCAAGUCAGAUGUGUGGUCCUUUGGUGUGCUCAUGUGGGAAGUCUUCAGUGAAGGUAAAAUCCCAUACGAGAACCGGAGCAACUCGGAGGUGGUAGAGGACAUCAGCUCCGGAUUUCGGCUGUACAAGCCGCGUCUGGCCUCCUCCAGCAUCUACCAGAUCAUGAACCAUUGCUGGAAAGAGAGACCAGAAGACCGGCCACCAUUCUCGAGGCUGAGGGGUCAGCUGUCUGAAAUCGCAGAGUCAGGACUUCAGUAGAGACUCCAGCCAGGCCAAGGCUGAAGAUCCUGAGUGUGUGAACAGUCUUUCUGUGGAGCAUUACAAGCUGCAGCCCAGGACCCGAAGAGGCAGCCAGGCCUGUGCAGGUGCUUUGUCUCUGAGCUGCCGCUCCUUCAGCAUCAAGACAGAGAGUGGCAGCCAGGCCCACAGGCCAGAGGGUCAACCGCUGAGCCAUGAGCUGGGCCAGAGCAGCAGGGAUGCCUCUGCCCUGCCCCUUGCUGCUUGUCUCACGAGGCGUGCAAGCCAUCUGACAGCUUUCAGGCAGCAUUCCCUGCACUUAGCAAUAAGGAGACCGGCAUGGGUAGAGUCUCCAGAUUGUUCUUUGUAUUAUUAUUUAAGCACUGAACUGAUGUUAGAGGGACUUGUAUUUGAUCCCACAUCUGUUCCCUGAGGUGUGGGUUAAGGGGAACAAGGAGCAUCACUCUUUUUCCUAGGAGAACUGGUGAGUUGAUCAAGGGCAGAAAAAGCCAGCUGGGCUGCUCUAGCACUGCCAGCCAAUCCGCUGCCACAGAGGAUGAUGAAGCAGCCGCUCACGGCAGAAACCAGCUAUUUUGAGAAGCAGCAUUAUGAGCUUCUAAAGGAAAAUGGCCACCUCACUGUCUGAGGGAGAGUGUGUGGUGAGCUGCACUGGCUCGAUUGGGAUAAAUGACUCAGACCCGUGAUUGGAGCAUUGGGCAUCUGACCUGUGGGCAGGAAUGAGAAUACAUCAGCUCAUUAGUGGCAUCACCAACUGGUGCCAUGCAAAAGGUCCUGUUCCACCAAUGUUUGUCUUCUAGGCCAGACCUCUUCUGCCCAGGAUGCUUAAGACCUAAUUAUGUCUAUACUGACCCUGGCUGAGGACCUGGCCCACCGUUUUCCUGCCUCUGGGAAUCGGCCCUUGUCUACACUCCUCAGCCUGCAUCAGUGUAAGGGGGCGCUGUGCUGGUCAGCCUGGCCUUACAGAGUGAUCAGAGCCUGUUUCAGCUUGAGACUUCAAGGUUCCCAAUAUUCUGGAAGAGGAAUUGGAGUCUCUUCUCUCAAGUCUUAUGGAUGGAAACUGAGUCAUGCGUACUGACUGUGGAUCUUCCAAGUUGUAUAAGGAUGGAUCCUGUAGCUUGAAUACCUAUGUGUAGCUCGAGUGAUUGCCUACUAAGCUACAAGUUCCUGUAGAAUCCCUGUUCACCAUGAAUUCACAACAACCCAUUUCACAGAUAAGAAAAUUGAGGCUUUAAAAAGUCAGAACACUGGCCUAAAGUGACAGAAAUAAGAAGCCUAGGAGCCCAGAUUCACAUUUUGGCUCCAGUACCAAGUUCUUUAUUCCUGUUCAAUACCGCCUCCUACUG